ACGUCAACAAACAUGGCCGACAGAGAGAAACGCCGGUCCGCCGGGUCUCCCGCCGCGGUAGUGGCUGAGCCGGGCCAGGGAACCAAAGCUUCCGGUCCGGGGACCGACCGAGAAUUUCUGUCGCAGGCGGGCAUCGGCGAGUUGCUUCGCGGGGCCGUGUUGAAGAUGGUGGAGGCCCGGCCGGACGACCCAAUUGGCUUUCUGGCCGACCACUUCGGCAGCCUGGCCGCCGCAGUGGUGGAGAACGGGUGCGACGACCAAAAGGAGCCCUGUCAGGUUGACGGCCUGUCAGGGGAAGGAGCAGGAGGUGCCCGGGCUCAGCAGCGACUCAACCGGGCACUGUGGCACCUGCGCCUGGCUCACCACUCGCAGAGAUCUGCAUUUGGCAACAACAUCCGUGUGGCUUACGACCUCCUGAGUGCCACGGGACCCUUCCAGCACGCAGGCGAUGGCAGCCCCACGGGAGCUUCGGGUGGUGGGGUGAGGGGUGGCCUAUACACUCAGACCCUGCGGUGUUUGUGCGGCGAGGGCGGCGUCCCGGCCUCCACCUCCGCCCCGCUACUGUGCCGCCUCCACUGCCAUGACCACGAGGCCGUCCCGUACGGUGUCUUCCGCCACGGUGUGUUGACGUGUGCCGUUUUCUCCGACUACAUCCGCCUGGCCCAGCGGCUCUACGCCCAGGUCUGUCGCCCGGACGAGGGUCCGGCUUCACGGGCCCCGUGCCUGGCUGUGCUGGGUGCUCUGAGGCAGGCUUUGGAGACGUCGCAUGAUGCCGACAACCCCAGCGUCCAGGCGCUGCGUCGCCUGGAGGCCAGCGCCAAGAUGUCGCCGCACCAGCUGGCAUGCGCGAUGACUGAUGCACAGACACGAGACCCGGCUGGACAUAUGGACGCCAAGGAAUUUGAAAACGCCGCCGCAGAACUCUUUAUCGCACGUGUCAAAGUGGUCUCGUAGCUUUCUUUUUAACCGUGAUAUCGCACAUAGUUCCAAGUGGCAAGAGAACGCAAGGUACUUGGAUUACACGUGAAAACACAGACGGCAAAGCACUAUGAACGUACUGUGCGUCACAAAAUUGGAAUCACACAUAAAAUACCUCCACUUCUUCAGAUCCGCCUUUCUGAGGUCACACUCAGUUUGUCCAACUCAAUUCAAUAAAAUCUCAUCCUUCCCCUUUUCUUAUCUGGUGUGCCUCAGGGCUCUUUCUUGGGACAUUUAGACUUCAUCACCUAUUUUUUAGCAAAUUAAAUUUCUCACGAAUAUGAACCUCAUUAAUUGAUAGGCUAAAUGAUCAGGGCAAAAUCUACUUUCAUGUGUAUUGGUUCAGGUGAUACAGCAUUU